AUGGGCGCUGGACAGAUUGGAGGAAUCGCAACUAUGCUUGACAUAGACUUCAAUAAUGCGGCUGGCUUUCAAGGUGUGCCUGCCAAAGUAACAGAAGGUCAAUUUAUAGUACAUUAUUUAUCUCACGCCAUGCUGUUUUGCGUGGGCGCACUUAUAGAAGCGCACGUAGUGCUAACACCAGCAAUUUGCGUUUUUGGAGAAAGAUAUAAAUUUAAAAUAUUUGCUGGUACACAUAGAUUUCUAGAGAAUACUGGCACUGGUCGCGUAGUGCAACAUCUGUGCAUUCAUAAAGGAUAUAAUCACACCAUGCGAUGGCAGGCGUGUUCUCCGGAUAACUUAGCACUACUGGUCCUAAAUCAACAGUUCUCCUUUCACAAACGUGAACCUAACACCGAAUUUGUCUUAAACCGGGUUCGGUAUGGUAUUAUUGGUGAUAUAGACAAGCGGAUAGGAGAUCCAACAUGCCGAUAUUACGGCUGGGGCAGUAGAAGAAACGGCUAUCUGAUACCAUUACUUAUUCGCUCUUACCGUGUUGACGUUACCAUACUACCUAAGGAUCGUUGCAUGGAAAUGUGGAAUAAUGAAGAUAAAUAUCUUUGUAUGCAACAGCCGAAAUGUAAGUCGGAAAAACAUGGAGCUCUAUGUCCAGAUGAUUUGGGGUCGGUCCUCGUUUGUUCCGGAUACAUUCAAGGCAUGAUGACAUCACGUCUGAUAGACCGUCCUUGUGGAGUUGGUUUCGUGGACAUGAGUCUAUACAAUAAGUUCCUUACCUGCGGCGUGGAUGACUCUCGUGACGUUAUCGACCACGAUGAAUUUAUGACCGUUGACUUUAGCACCUCAAAGCCUCCUCCCUCCCUUAUGACCGCACCUUCUAUGAAUACUACUAACGAAUCGUAG